AUGUGCAACAUUGAUUGUGACGAUGAUGACAAAACGACCCGAGCCGAUUAUCAAUUUUCAAAAGAAAGAACUUGUGUAGGGUCUAUUUGUGUCGCAAUUUUUGGUUCAUUAUUUAUUGUUCUAUUGGCUGUUGUGAUUGGAGUGAAUGUUUCGUGGUCGAUUCCACCACCCAUGAUGACUUGUAAUAAUGGAUAUUCGAAUUUAGAAAGUAUUUCCGAUCGGUUAAAAAGUAAUUCCAACACUACAAAUUUAAUUCUCAAUUUCAAGAGAAAUAUUUAUAAUCAUUAUAUUGAUGUGAGUCGAGUGACAACGGAUGUCAAUAACAACAAACAAAUGGAAUUAAUAGCAACAUUGAAAAGUCGUUCCGUUUUGAAUUAUCCAAUGACCAUCGAUUUGAUCAAUUCAAAUUUUACCAUGACUGACUCGUUUGCAAUUGAUGCCAGAAAGAAAACUGGACAUUCGAUUACAAUUUAUGGAUGUAAUAAUACUGUGAUUGGAAGUAUUUUACAAGAAUUUGAUCCUGUAUGGAGUGAUUUUGUGAUUAGUAAUUUUAAUUCUAGGCCAAUCAUGAAGGUGAUUGAGAGAAGACAAACUCUACCAAAACAAUUUGAUAUUUAUGAAUAUUACACGAAUCAGAGAAUUGGAGAAUUUGUUCAAACCAUUGUCUCGUGGGGAGAUGAAUGGACUCUCACAUUGAUCCCUUCCUCUGUAUCCUCAGUGACAACAGAUGUCACCAUUGAUAGAAGAUUACUUUUAUUCCUAGUUUCAUCUGUGUCAUAUCAAUAA